UACCAAAACAUUGAACACAGACUAAGAGAUAGAUGAUCAUGAAUAUAUAUUUUCUACAUCUACAGUUACACCUACAGAGAACGGCCAGCAUACAGAGUUCAUGGCGCCGGGUGGGACAGAUCUCCGAGACGUGAUGGUUCUGUCUAAGAAGGAUUUUGAGCGGAUCCAAGGAACGCUGACAUACGGGACUAUGCAGAACCGAGAGGCACAGAAAGCACAGCGCAUCCGCGAGGACAAGGAGGCUCUCCACUCACGGUCCAAGGAUGUGGUCAAGAACUGGGCGAACACUAUCGCUGGCCAGCGGCAGAAGAGGCUGGAAGCUCGUAAGAUCCGUGAGGAUAUCGAGGAGGCUGAACGUGUGCAGGUGGACAUUGAAGAGGCAAAGUACCAGGCAGAGCAGCGGAGGAAGGCCAUAGAGAAGGCCAAAACACAGCAGUACUACCAGACUGACAGGGUCAAGGGCUUCCAUGGUGCCCUGCUGCUGACGGAGGUUCUGAAGGAGCGUGACGCGCAGGUGGAACUGAAGCAGGCGAAGGAACGAGCCAAUCAGGGCAAAGAUAAGGAGCUGCUGCGGAAGUUCCAGGAGGACCGGGAGCGUGCAAUCCUGGAGGACCAGAUGGCCGCCAGGAAACGCUACGAGGAGAGGGCCACCGUCGCCAACUUCCAGAUCAAACAGAUCCAGGAGCACCAUCAGGCUCUGGAGGCGGAGGACCAUGAGGACCGGCGGGAGGGUCAGGAGAUCCAGCGGCUGGCCAGGCUGCACGAGUGGGAGCGCAGGAAGCUCGACGACCUGCGCAGACAGGAGAAGAUGGAGCUCAUGAUGGCACAUCAGGAACACACGGCAAACCGUGACGCCAUCCGAGCCAUUGAGCAGCAGAAGGAGGAGGAGGAAGACGAGGAAAUCCGUCUGUUCGCUGCAGCCAAGAAAAAGAUGACAAAACUCAGGAGGGAGAGAGAGUCUGAAAUGUUCAAGAAGGUUCAGGACCACCGAGACAAGAUGGUGGACCUUCUGUCCCAGCAGCUCAAGAAGAAGGUGGACAACGAGGACGAGCGGAUCGCGAAGGCGGUGGCCGAGAACGAGGCAAAGAUGGAGGCGGAUCGCGUGGAGAAGGAGGAGAAGAUCAAGGCAGAGCUGAAGUCCAUCGCUGAACACAGGACAGGAGUGCUUUCCCAGCAGGAGCAGAUGAGAAGAGAGAAGGAGAGGAAGGACCAGGAGGUUCUGGAGCUGAAGAUGGAGGCAGACAAGAUCUUCCAGGCCAAACAGGAGGAGAGACAACGCAAACAGCUGCAGGACAGGAAGAACCUGGCCGCAACGCACCUCAGACAAGCGAGUGUACAGAAACAGCAGCUUGUCACCAAGAAACAAGAAGACCUGGAGUACGACCGCAAGAACUUUGACCUCAUCGCCGUCGAGGAGCAGCAGUUCCAGGAGUACGCCGGUCACGUGAUCAAGAAGGCGGUCGACGGCGGGAGGAACCCGUACCCGCUCAUCAAGGCGGCGCGUGAGGGCGCCGGCGGCGGGAAGGGACCGUUGUUUGACGGGAAGGGAGGGAUCCGUCCCAGCUACAUGGCGACUGACGGUCAGGGUACGCAGCUGUCGGCUUACCAGGGUCCCACAACUGAGGAUGUUAAAAACAUACACAUCGCUCCCGCAGAUAAAGCCAAGAAAAGACUAGGAUUUGUAUGGUGAAGUCAGUAAUCAUUGAUAUGUUGUUAACAAGGUUGUACAGUAAUGUAUGUUGUCUCAUACGUUAAGUGUUGAAAUGUCUUCAUAAGAUUAAAAUGCACAGAAAUGAUACUGAAACAUAGCAUAUACAUUGUAUCAUUGCAAUUUACUUUGCAGUUUACAUAUGCUACAGUUAUCGUUUUGUUUGAUUUUACGAUUCAUGAAUUCUGGCCAUUACUAGAAAUAUGUCUACAUGUAUAUAUUGUGAAGUGUUAUGUCAGCAAGAUUAUUACAAGAAAAACUACUCUUUUGUAUAUUUUUCAUGUAGAAACAGAUGGAGAUUAUUGUAAGCCAGUGCAGUAAACUGUUAAAACAAACCACAGCUUGCAUGAAGUAGGAAAGUUUACACUUGCCCUCAGGUUACAUUACAUGCAGUAAAUAAACAUGGGUGUAGAAAAUAAGAUAGACAUGUCCUGUGCAUGAUAUGCCAAACUUUAGAGUUACAGUUUGUAACAUUUGCCAGUUGCUUGGCUGCUAACAGGCAAGGCUUCCAAGUUAUCACAAAGAGAUUUAUUGCAUUGUUUCAAAUAAAAUGCAUCCAUCUUGUACAGUCAAGCCUA